AUGCCUGAACUUGGCCGUUCGUGGUUCAAACGCCACAAAGUCCCCCACAAUGCCACGACUAGCGUAGGGUCGCAUAAACCCCCGCCAGUCCCUUCAUUUCCGGAUGGGGUUGAAGUCUUAUACGACUGCCCCGAAGCAUCCUUUGAUAUUUGUUUUAUCCAUGGUUUGACCGGAGAUCGACGAACUACUUGGACUGCAAAUAAACAACCAACUCCAUGGCCACAGGAAUUUUUACCUGUUGAUCUCAGUGCUCGAGCUCGGAUAUUGACUUACGGCUACGAUGCCUAUGUUUUGCGAAAGUCCGUCGUAUCAUCGAAUCGGUUGAGGGAUCACGCCACAAAUCUCUUGAAUAACUUGACGACAGAUAGAGCCUCUUGCAACGCAUCAUCAAGACCUUUGAUUUUUGUCACACAUAGCUUAGGCGGUCUUGUCUGCAAGUUAGCUAUAAACCUCUCCCGAGUUCACCCGGACACUCAUCUCCGGGAACUGUUUACUUCCUUAAAGGGUAUCUUAUUCAUGGGAACGCCUCACAAGGGCUCUUGGAUGGCUGAUUGGACAAAAAUUAGCGUUUCAGCUUUGGGGAUUGUGAAGUCUACCAAUCAGUUGAUAAAGGUGCUGGAGACUAAGAGUGAAUUGCUCAACUCCGUCCAGCUUGACUUUAUGAACAUGCUGCGUGGAUGUGAUAAUAUCAAAGUGACAUGCUUUUACGAGGAAUUGCCUCUGUCUAUAGGCAGGAAAGUGGUGUGCACAGAAUCGGCGACUCUAGAUGGGUAUAACUCCAUCAGUAUCCAUGCCAAUCAUAGUGACAUGGUGAAAUUUGCCUCCAAGGAAGACAACGGAUACAAAAGUUUGCUUGGUGAACUCCAGAGAUGGAUGAGUGAAAACAGUGAUGAUCCGGGGUCAGAUACUGGAACAGGCGAGAACAAUGAUUCGACGGUAGUAGAAAGCUCGCCAUCUGUGUUUAACAACUAUGCGAACGGUUUGAUAACCACGAACAAUGGUUCAGCUGUCCAAUAUAACACUUUCGGCAGUGGGAGUAUGUUCCAUGGCCCCAUCUACGGCUUCCAGCUUUCUUCGCAACAACCCCAUUGA